UUGGGUGAAAAUCGCUUCGCUCGGGACACUUAACACAUAUUACCCACGCUCGCCUUCUGUGUCUCAGCGUCAUGUCGUCCACCGAGGGUAGGGAUCUGGGCCGGGCGCUGUGCAUCAUCACCGGGGCCUCCAGAGGCUUUGGCCAGACCAUAGCGAGGGAGAUGUCUCGGCUGGUGAAGCCGCGGUCGGUGCUUGUCCUGGUGGCACGCUCCAGCGACGAGCUGCACGCUCUGCAGGCGGAGCUGGUCGGAUCGGAGGCAGGCAGGUCGGGCCUGGUGGUCGAGUGUGUGGUGGCAGAUCUGGGUCAGACAGAAGGACUGGAAAGCGUCGUUAGGAAGUCUAAAGAGUCUUUUUCUGAGGAUAUAGAUCACAUUAUACUGGUCAACAACGCUGCCUCUCUGGGUGAUGUGUCCCGCUAUGUCAAAAGCUUCACCGACAUGGCCGAGGUGGAUUCCUACCUGUCUCUCAACGUCAGCUCCUCCCUGUGCCUCACCGCCAGUGUCCUGCAGGCUUUUCCACAGCGUCCAAGUCUGCGACGCACUGUUAUCAACAUUUCCUCGCUGUGCGCCCUGCAGCCUUUCCGCUCCUGGGUGCUGUACUGCACUGGCAAGGCUGCCCGAGAGAUGAUGUUCAGGGUGCUGGCAGAAGAGGAGCCGGAGCUCCGGGUGCUCAACUAUUCUCCAGGGCCUCUGGACACAGCCAUGCAGAUGGUGGCCAGAUCCAGAACAGCUGAUCCCAGCAUCAGGAAGUCCUUUUCAGACAUGUUCGCUCAGGGCAAGCUGCUCACCUGUGAGGAGUCCUGUGCCAAACUAAUGAAGCUGCUGCUGGAUGAUAACUACACAUCAGGAGCUCACAUCGACAUCUACGACCUCUAGACACAGCACUACUUAGAGGCAUUUAGCUAUUGGCCAUAUUACUUUUAUGUGCCUUGUUUUUAAUUGAAACUGUAAUCAUUUAUACCUUAAGUGCAUAGGUGCAUAAGUUAAUAGUUGACUCGAGAUGCGGUGUCAACCUUUACGUUGUAGGUUGCAGCCUUCUGUUGGUAAAGUGAUGGCUCAAACCAAGUUCAUCAAAUUUACAUUCAAAACAUUCCAGAACUGAAGUUUAUUCACUUUAUGGCCAGCAAACAUGCUGUCAGUAACAUUUAAGUGCCUGCAAUGAUAGAGAAAAUCAAUUUGGACAUAGUAGAAGCUACAAGACAUGAAGUUGUACAUUUGUAGAAAAAUUAGACAGUCUCAGUAAACAUCGGUUCACUAAA